GCGCCGGGCAACGCAGUGGACGCCCCUCCACCGCGGCUGGGCCCAGCGAGAAGCCACUUGGCCUAAGACCCCAGGGGCGAUGGCGUCCAGCGGAGGCGACGGGUGGGGCCACCUGCCCUUCUUCUUCGGCAACAUCACCCGCGAGGAGGCGGAGGCCCACCUGGAGGAGGCGGGCCUGGGCGAGGGCCUGUUCCUGCUGCGGCAGAGCCGCAGCUCCCUGGGGGGCUUCUCCCUGUCGGUGUCCAGCGGGGGCCGGGUCCACCACUACACCAUCGAGCGCGACGUGUCCGGGGCCUUCGCCAUCUCCGGGGGCCGCUCGCACCCGGGCCCGGCCGAGCUGUGCGCCUUCCACGGCCGCGAGGCCGACGGGCUGGUCUGCCGCCUCGGGGACCCCUGCGUCCGGCCCCCCGGCCUCCGGCCCCGCGCCGGCCCCUUCGAGGGGCUCAGGGAGACCCUCAUCCGCGACUACGUCAGGACCACCUGGAACCUGCAGGGCCAGGCGUUGGAGCAGGCCAUCCUCAGCCAGAGGCCCCAGCUGGAGAAGCUGAUCGCCACCACGGCCCACGAGAAGAUGGACUGGUUCCACGGGGCCCUGACCCGCUCCCAGGCCGAGGACGCCCUGCUCGCCGCCCCCAGGGCCGAAGGAAAGUUCCUGGUGCGUUCCCGGGAGCCGGCGGGCUCGUUCGCGCUGUGCCUGCUGCACGGGGGGCGUCCACUACACUACCGCAUCGACAAGGACAAGGCCGGCAAGCUCUCCAUCCCCGACGGAAAGAAGUUCGACACCCUCUGGCAGCUGGUGGAGCACUACUCCUACAAGGCGGACGGGCUGCUCCGGGCCCUGGACAGCGCCUGCCCGCGAAAACACAACGGAAGUGACGUUUUGGGGUCCCGGCCCCCCCUGCCGGGCGACCAUCCGCGGGCCGGGGGACUCAUUGGACGCCUCCACUCCUUCCAGAGGACCAAGAAGUCGCCCAGCAACCCCCUGAUGAGGCUGUACAAGGAGACCAGAGACGCCCUCGCACACGCCAAGAUCGUCCCGCACGCAGCCGGACACCCCCACCAGGCCGCCGUGAACCGGGCGGAAAGCGCCGCGGAGCUCAACCCGUAUGUCACCCAGAGGGGCCGCCGGGGGCCCGGGGACGCCCAGCAAGAGGAGCCGGUGUGGGCGCUUCCGAUGGACACGGCGGUGUACGAGAGCCCGUACGCGGACCCGGAGGAGCUCCGGCCCGACGCCGUGGAGCUGGACCGCGGCCUGCUCACCCUGGAGGACGGGGAGCUCGGGGCCGGGAACUUCGGCACCGUCAGGAAGGGCUUCUACCGCAUGAAGAAGGUGCGUUCCCGGGAGCCGGCGGGCUCGUUCGCGCUGUGCCUGCUGCACGGGGGGCGUCCACUACACUACCGCAUCGACAAGGACAAGGCCGGCAAGCUCUCCAUCCCCGACGGAAAGAAGUUCGACACCCUCUGGCAGCUGGUGGAGCACUACUCCUACAAGGCGGACGGGCUGCUCCGGGCCCUGGACAGCGCCUGCCCGCGAAAACACAACGGAAGUGACGUUUUGGGGUCCCGGCCCCCCCUGCCGGGCGACCAUCCGCGGGCCGGGGGACUCAUUGGACGCCUCCACUCCUUCCAGAGGACCAAGAAGUCGCCCAGCAACCCCCUGAUGAGGCUGUACAAGGAGACCAGAGACGCCCUCGCACACGCCAAGAUCGUCCCGCAUGCAGCCGGACACCCGGGGUGGGGCGUCCAGCAGGGGGCGCCACCCCGGGAUGGGGGCGCUCACCUCGUUGCGAUUGAGCGUCCAGCAGGGGGCGCUCACUUCGUUGCAAUUGACUGA